CUUAAGAGUAAAUUUUUGUAGAAUCUUGUAUAAAUGUCUUAUUUGCUUGGAAACUUCAUCUCUGAAAAAGGCAAGGAGAAUAUCAAGAAUCACAAAUAUGUACCUGGAGAGUACUCUCCAAUGGAUAAUCUUCUGAACCCAUUCUGGAUCUGGAUAGUCGAGUUUUUGCCAAAAUGGAUGGCACCAAACCUCGUCACAUUUGUUGGGCUAGCAGCAUUAGGAGGAGCAUACCUUUUAAUGUUGGUGUUUGACCUCUCGAUGACCCAGCCAGUUCCAGAGUUCACAUACCUGCUUGUCGCGAUUGGCAUUUUUGCAUUCCAAACUCUUGAUGCUAUUGAUGGGAAACAGGCAAGAAGAACAGGAAGUAGUUCGCCUUUAGGUCAGCUUUUUGAUCACGGUUGUGACUCCAUUUCAUGGACUAUCUGCAGUAUGAAUGUGAUUUCCUUCUUGGGUCUUGGCCUCUCUUUCAACGGGAUCCUUGCUAUGUAUUCAGCAAUGGUACCCUUUUAUUUCCUCAACUUGAUCGAAUACAAUACUGGGGUGUUCUAUUAUUCUGUUGGAAUAAUGGAUGGCACAUCUGCUCAAUUUAUGCUAAUGUUUUUCAAUAUCCUCUCUUUCACAUGUGGAGCAGACGUCUAUCAAAGAAAAAUAUCUGACUUGCUUCCCUUCAUGCCAAACUUCCUCUCUGAUGGAUACUUGUUGAAACACUAUGUGAUGGUGAUCUUGAUAUAUGUGGGAGUAGGCUUCUCGAUCACUAUGAUCAUAAAACUUCUGAAUAGUGCCAAAGGAGUUCAGAAAAAAAUGUUUGCAUUUCUCCAGAUAAUUCAGCAUCUUGGGAUUUAUGGCUUGAUGUACCUGUAUGAUGCUGACAUUCUGUUUGUAAGAGAUCAUGCCGGUAUUGCUUACAUCUCAGUGAUCUGUAUGUUCGUAUUGUUGACUUGCAAGUUGAUUGUCUGUCUGAUGUCCAAGAUGGAGUAUAACGUCAUCCAUUUUGAAUUUCUUAUAUUUGCUCCUUAUUUCUAUAUUCAGAGCCAGUAUGACGCAACACCAGAAAGUGAGAGCGCCUUGAAGAUUGCUUUCUAUGCAACAUUUGUGGUGAUGCUCCUCAUCACGUUCAGGUUCAUUCAAACCUCUAUUGGGCAACUGACUAAGUACCUCGAAAUUCAUUGCUUUAAGAUCGGACCAAGGAAGGAGAAGAAGCAAUAAAAUUCAUUUCCUGGAAUUUUUAAUUAGGACCAAUA